AUGCCCGCACCGGCCGCGAACAAGCGCGUCAAGGUGCGCACGACUGGUGCCCAUGGCUUCAUCGGCUCUGAAGCCUGGCUGCUGCCCCCAGUAGGCAGCCCCGACCGCCCCAAGAACGUACCCGAAGACCAUACUAAGAGGUGGACUGUCUACGUACGUCAGCCAGAAGGCGACCCGGCACUCACAACAUGGCUCAACAAAGUCCAAUUUAAGAUAUUCAACACAUACGAGAACCCGCUGCGGACAUGCGAGGGGCCGCCUUUCGAGGUCACGGAGACAGGCUGGGGUGGCUUUAAUAUAGACAUCCGGCUGCACUUCCAACCCAUCUCGGGCGAGAAAGCGCAAUACCGCCAGCACUUCCUGCAGCUGGAGAAAUACGGCGACGAGAAGCAGCAAGCAGAGCAGGACAGGACGGGCUGCGUGCGCGCGGAAUUCCUCGAAGUCGUGCAGUUCAACGAACCCACCGAGGCACUCUUCGACGCCCUUACCUCAGAGGACCAGUGGAACUACCUCGUCCCCGCGGGCAAAGGCGGGUCUAAGAAAGCCAGCCUCAACGCCAACGGCCGGCUGAAGCGCGGCCUGCCCAACGGCGAGCGCAGCGCGCAACUCCCCGAAAAAGGCGCAGAGGACGUGCCGUUCAGCCAGGACCAGGAGCAGGCGCUCAUCGACCUGCUGAAGAAGAAGAUGGAAGACGUCGACAGGGAACUGGACAAGGAAACCAAGCGCCGCGAAGACGUCGAGAAUAGACUCAAGGCGCUGAGAGCGGAAAUGGGCCAUGAGGCUGCGCAACAGGCCGCGCAGCAGGCGAGUGGGGAUCGGAGCAGAAGGAGGUGA